UAGUUGAACGACAGCAGCCGCCGCAGCCAUCACAAUGAGUAACCCCCCCGUCAGCGAGACUAAGCUCAAGGAGUACUACGAUGUGGCCCUCAAACUGGUGCUAAAGUGCGGACCCCUCAUGCAGGAGGGCUACCAGAAGGCGAAGACCGACUUCAAGGUCAAGUCGGACUUUUACGAUCUGGUCACCGUGUACGACAAGCAGAUUGAGGACAUUCUCACCGAGGGACUGAGCGCGGCCUUUCCCGAGUCCCGCAUCAUUGGCGAGGAAGAGUCGGCGGCCUCGCAGCGGCAGGCGGAACUGACGGAUGCCCCCACCUGGAUCAUAGAUCCCAUCGAUGGCACCACGAACUUCAUACACAGAAUACCACACUGUUGCAUUUCCGUGGGGCUGGCCAUCAACAAGGAGCUGGUGGUGGGCGUCAUCUACAAUCCGCCGGCAAAUGAGCUGUUCUCCGCCUGGAAGGGACACGGCGCCUUCCUCAAUGGCGAGCCGAUAAGCACAUCCAAAGUGACGACGAUCAACCAAGCCGUGAUUGCCUACGAGAUCUCUUUGAUUCACGCUGCUGCCGUUCGGGACAAGAAUAUCAAGCGUCUGUACAAGCUGGCCUCCAAUGCCACCGGAACGCGCUGCUUCGGCAGCGCCGCCCUGACCCUCUGCUACGUGGCCACCGGCCAGUGUGACGCCUACCAUGUGGAGGAUCUGAAGCCCUGGGACAUAGCUGCCGGUGCUAUUAUUCUCACGGAAGCCGGGGGCACCGUUUGCCAUACGAAUGGCGGGAAAUUCGAUGUGAUGAAGCCGGAUUGCGUGUGCGCCUCCACGGAGGAGUUGGCCCAGAAUGUGAUUAGUCUUAUCGAGGAGGCCAAUCAGAUAAAGAGCUACACAUUCAAGUAGAGUCCGGCGACACAAAAAAACAAAACAUUAUAUAUCGUUUGUAAUAAAAAUGUAGACUCUUCGAGAGAGCGAGCACAGAUUAAAGUAAA